AUGUCUGGAGUCACUGCUCAACAAAAGAAGAAAGCACAACCCAGCCGUAAGGGCAAGAAAGCAUGGCGCAAAAAUGUUGAUAUCACCGAUGUCGAGGAAGCACAAGAGGAGCUCCGUUCAGUGGAGAGAGUGAUCGGUAAUGCAGAUGAUUUAAAGGAUGAGGAUCUUUUCACUAUCGAUGUUGCCGGUGAUACUGGUGUGAAACGCAAACUAGCUAAAGAUAAGCCCCUCCGAGUGGAUGAAAUUUUGGAUCAAAGAUCUGCUGUUCCUGCUGUCAAAUCAAAGAAGAGUCCAUUUAAGAAGCCAGAGAUGACUGACAAGGUUGUUUCCAAGCAUGAAUUGAAGACAUUGAAGCGUAAGAUUGAGAACAAUGCACCUGUUGCACCUAAAAAGAAGACCAAGAAGAUUGUUAAUCCUGGAAAAUCAUAUGAUCUUUGGGAUGAAGCACCUGUUGAAGAAACACCUGUGAAUGAUUUCUUGCCCGUGAAGGCCAAAUUAAAGGUGCCCAAAACAGUGACAGUGAAGCCUGCAGCACUGGAGCAUAUUCCCGCUAUUGCCACACCUGAAGGUGGCCAUUCUUACAAUCCCUCUGUGGAAGAGCAUCAGCAAUUGCUCGCAAAGGCCAAUGAGGCUGAAGAAAGAAAGGUGGAGAUUCUCAAGAAGCUCCAAGAACAAUUGUCUUACCGUGAGGAAUUGAAGCUGUUGGCCAGUGAAUUGUCCACAUCAGAGAUUACAGCUGACGGCAAAAUUGUUUCUACGGAAGCCGAUGAUGAAGAGGAGGAGAACGAUGAGCUGGCCGAUUUACCCACAGAUGAUAAAGCCACCAAGAAGCGCAAAGCAGCUGAACGCAAAACUCGUCAACAGCGUCAGAAAUCACAUAGAUUGGCCACAGCCGAAUUGGAAAAGAAGCAAAAGCAGCAAGAAAAGGCAAUCCGCCAACAGAUUGAUAAGCUCCGUCAAAUUGAACAAGAGAUUGCUCAAAAAGUUGAAGAUUUGGAUAAUUUGGCUGAGAAGAGGGGCGAACGUCGAAGCGAAGAGGAAAAGAAGGGCUUGAAGAAGAUUGGUAAAUACACAGUGCCUGAGUUGCCUGUGGAUGUUCAGUUAACAGAAGAACUAUGUGAAACGCUUCGUCAAUUAAAGCCUGAAGGAAACAUGUUCCGUGAUCGAUUCCACAGUAUUCAAAAGCGUAAUAUCAUUGAGCCUAGAAUACCUGUUAACCCAAGCAGACAUUACAAGCUUAAAGAGUAUGAGAGAAGAGCCUAUAAAAACUACGAUCAAGCUGAAGAGAUCAAGAGAAAGAGAAAAGUUGCUGCUGCUGCUGCUGCCCUCAAGAAGUAA